CGACCUAUGUCGGUUUAAACUCAUAAACUUUAUACUCUAUUAAUCUACUUUAUACCGUACGUUAUCUACUUACAUAAACAACUGUACUCGUUUGAUUAUAAACAUUUUCAUUACUGCAUUGAAAUGGAUACUUUACCAAUUAUAUUAGCUGUCGUGCUAGCAACAACUCUAGCUAUUGGCUCGAUAUCGUUAUUGUCAGGACACAAAAAUGUGGUCAAUUCUGCUGGACAAUGUCCCUGCAGUGAAGCCAAGUUUUGUGAGAGGAUAAAGGAUACAACUAGGAAGGAAAUAUUUGUAUUUUCCCUCAAUGCUAAACAAGAUAAUUGGAAGUUUUACAAUUGGGACAAAGUCACGACAGUGGUGAUGGUCGGUUAUUUUGACAUACAACUUGUUUGUUGGGCACAUAAGUACGGCGCAAGGGCUAUCAUUAUUGGAAAAGUUGAGACAUCUGUGCUUCCUAACCAAACUGCUCGAUCACAGUGGGUACAAAAACAGUUAGAUUUUGUAGAUAAGAAUUACCUUGACGGAAUCAACUUUGAUUACGAGCGUGCAAUAUUAUAUAAUCAGACUCAACUUCGCAAUGGAUACACAGAUCUUGUGAGGGAAACAAGACAAGCUUUUAGAGAAAAGUUCCCAUCUUCUAUGAUUAGUGUUGAUGUGGCGUGGUCUCCUGCUGGAAUAGAUUCACGUUACUACGACUUUGUGGGACUAUCAGAAGCUUCUGACUAUUUCUUUGUUAUGGCAUACGACGAACAAAGCCAAAUACUAGGUGAAUGUAUUGCUUAUGCCAAUAGCGGAUUAUAUAGAACAAUGGAAGGCGUUAAUGAAUACUUAGAAAUUGGAAUACCGUCUGACAAGCUUAUUCUCGGAGUGCCUUGGUACGGCUACUAUUACCCAUGCUUGACAUUAACCAAGGCUGACAAAUGCUACUUAAAGAAGGUUCCAUUUCGUGGUGUUAAUUGCAGUGAUGCAGCGGGACGUGAAUUGAAUUACUACACUAUAAUACAGCUACUAAAAAACUCUACAAGUGGACGUAUAUUUGAAAAAUCUACAAUGACACCUUACUUUAAUUACAAGAAUAUUUCGUCAGGCAUUAUGCAUCAGAUACGUUAUGACGAUCCACAAAGUUUAGGAUAUAAAUAUACGUUUGCAAUAGAUGAACACUUGCGAGGUGUAGGGAUGUGGAACACGGAGUGUGUGAAUUACACAAGCGGAAAACAUGACGACGUCAUUGCUGUAAAAGAAAUGUGGGGCGCCCUACCAGAUUACGAAAAAUAACACCUGCAGACAAUUAUGAAGUGUACUGAAAUAAUCAUCAAUGAACUAAUAUAUACAUUUUAACAUUUUUCUUGACUGAAUUAAAAAAAUGAUUGAUAAUUUGUAGAUAGAUGUUCGUAUAAAUGUUUAUCAAUUGAUCAACUGAUUUUUAUUACGACAUCACCAUCGGUUAAUGUACGGUUUGACGCCUUAUAAG